AUGCCCAACGACAUCGUCGGCAUCGAGUACAACCGGGUGACCAAUACCACGUCGACGGACUUCCCCGGCCACGACGGCAACGGCGACUACGCCUGGGACAUCGAAAAGUUCAAGGACUCGUUCCAAAUCGACAUCAAGCUGGUCGGCCCUCGCACGGCUAACUUCGACUUGGUCCACAUCGACACCCUGAUCGCCAACGCCUUCCGCCGAAUCAUGAUCGCCGAGGUUCCCCUGGUGGCGGUGGAAAAAGUGUUCAUGUUCCAAAACACUUCCGUCAUUCAGGACGAAGUGCUCGCCCACCGGAUCGGGCUCAUCCCCUUGCAAGUCGACCCCGACACCUUGCAGUGGGUCGACAAGACGUUGCCCGAACAAGAACAAUACACCGAAGAAAACACCAUCGUCCUCUCGUUAGACGUCACCUGUACCAAGAACCCCCACGCCCCGAAAGGGUGCACCGACCCGAAAGAGUUGUACCGCAACGCCUACGUUUACGCCCGUGACCUCAAAUUCGACCCCAAGGGGGACCAGAUGCAAAAGUAUGCCAAUGCCCCCGUCGUCCCCUGUGACCCCGAUAUCUUAAUCGCCAAAUUGAGACCGGGCCAGGAGAUCUCGUUGUUAGCCCACUGCGUGCUUGGCGUCGGUUCCGACCACGCCAAGUUCUCCCCCGUGUGCACGGCGCUGUACCGGUUAUUACCCGUGAUCGAUAUUACCCAACCCAUCACUGGUGACGACGCCAUCAAAUUCCAAAAGUGUUUCCCGCUGGGUGUCAUUGGCAUCGACGAAAACGGCCAGGCCUACGUUGAAGAUGCUCGUAAAGAUACCGUGUCCAGAGAAGUGUUGAGACACCCCGAGUUUGACGGUAAGGUCAAGCUUGGUCGUAAGCGGGACCACUUCAUUUUCAACGUCGAAUCGACGGGGGCGAUGCUGCCCCAGGAAAUCUUCUACAAGUCGGUGAGAGUGUUGAAGAACAAGGCCGAAUACCUCAGAAACUGUCCCAUCGGCCAGUAA